AUGUGUUGUUUGAAUGAUUGUGCAGAAAGUAAACCGGGGAAGCCGGCUUUGAACUGGGCCAGGAGACACAAGAUUGCGUUGGGAAUAGCGAGAGGACUUGCUUAUCUACACACCGGACAAGAAGCUCCCAUCAUCCACGGCAAUAUAAGAUCGAAAAACGUGCUGGUGGACGACUUCUUCUUCGCUAGGCUAACUGAGUUUGGGCUUGAUAAGAUCAUGGUGCAAGCGGUGGCGGAUGAGAUCGUCUCGCAGGCGAAAUCAGACGGAUACAAGGCGCCUGAGCUUCACAAGAUGAAGAAAUGCAAUCCGAGGAGCGAUGUUUACGCGUUUGGGAUCCUUCUUUUGGAGAUACUGAUGGGUAAGAAGCCUGGGAAGAGUGGGAGGAACGGUGGAGAGUAUGUUGAUCUGCCUUCUUUGGUUAAAGCCGCGGUGUUGGAGGAGACGACGAUGGAGGUUUUCGACUUGGAGGCGAUGAAAGGGAUCAGGAGUCCGAUGGAGGAAGGUUUGGUUCAUGCGUUGAAGCUGGCGAUGGGAUGCUGUGCUCCUGUUACGACGGUUAGACCGAGUAUGGAAGAGGUUGUGAAGCAGUUGGAAGAGAACAGGCCGAGGAAUAGAUCAGCGUUGUAUAGCCCUACGGAAACGAGGAGCGACGCUGAGACACCAUGCUGA